AGCUCGUCAGUUGGUUCUGUUUGUCUUCGCGGAUAGUUGGAAUACCGGAGACCCAGAGAUUGGAGCACCAUGAAAGACGAUUACGAGAUUGAAGAGAAAAAGCAAGCUGCUGCUGAUGUAUUGGACAACUAUUCAAAGUUUGUAAUGGCAUGCAUUGGAAAUAAUGUUCGGCCUUGUGACAUGAGGUUGCAUCUGAUGAAGGAGAUUUCAGGUCUACCAACUUCUUUGAAGAAAGAUUCGUCCCAGAGAGCAGCUUCUCCUGAUCUAAUGGGUGAAUCGUCAAGCUCAGGUACUGCCAGACUAGAUAAGACAGACAGUUUUCGAGAUCGGCCACUUUGAGUUGAAGUUGCAGUUGCAGUUGUUUGUUUGAUUUUCUGCAGUCAUUUUGUAUGUAGUGUUCUCAUCCUAUGAAGGAUAUUUGUAAUGUGAUAUAACAGACACGCAUCCUUGUACCUUUCCUUUCUGGAGAUGUGCCUAUGCUUGCAAUUUACGUAUGAUUA